AUGGAUCCAUCCGCUCCUGGCUUUCAGGGGGCCCAGCCUCCUCCUUACACCGAGACAACCGGCAUCCAUGCUGCUCCGUACCCCCAGCCCUAUCCCGUCCCAGGGACUGGACCUGGGCCUGGACCAAAUAUGAAAGGCCAACAGGUGCCGCCAUAUGGCAUGCAACCUGGAGUCAUAGGAGGUCCCCAACCAGGUAAGCCUUCAACUGCACCAUCUUGGUCCACUUACACCCCACUUUCCUUCCGUCUGGAAGAUUGAAGGCUAUAAAUAUAAGGUCCCCCGGUACCCUCUGAGCAGAACUGGAGCCCACCAGUGCUCUAAAUCAACAGCGCUAUGAUACCUCUUUAAACAGCCACGACUCCCCCCAAGGAAUCCUGGGUAGUGUAGUUUGUUGAGGGUGCUGGGAGUUGUUCAGAAGCCCUCGUUCCCCUCACAGAGCUACGGUUCCCUGGGAAUUGGGAUUGGUGUUUAAAGCACUCUGGGAACUGUAGCUCCAUGAGGGGAACAAGGGCCUCUGAAGAACUCCCAGCACCCUCAACAAACUACACUUCCCAGGAUUCCUUGGGGGGAGUCGUGGCUGUUUAAAGAAGUAGCUUUCAAGAACUGGACUGAGGAGGAAUGGUGGAGACCGCCCUCCCCUCCUGAACCUUCCCGAGAAGAGGAGGACAGUAUAGAUUCAGAACAGUGGUUUGCAGAAGGUCAUAGUUCAGAGGCUGCAGAGGGGAGAAUCUGGGAAAUAUUGGGAGAGGGGCAGGAGGAAGAAGAAGCACCAGGGACGAGACAGCUGACAAACUCAGUGUCUCUUGAAAGCAUUCCUGACCCCUCACUCUCCCAGGACCCGGCGGGCAUUGAGAGUAGGAGAACAGAAAACUCAGAGGCAGAAAGCACAGAUCAACUGACGCAGGGAUGAUGUAGAAUAGGAGAGGUGGAGGGGGUGGGACUUUACUUGGAGCAACGCCAUUGUCUAAGAGAGAUGACAUUUCUACGUCUCUCUGUGAAUAUUGAAUACAGUGGUACCUUGGUUCUCUAACUUAAUCCAUUCGACUUCUGAAACCAUUCGAAAACCAAGGCGCGGCUUCCGAUUGGCUGCAGGAGCUUCCUGCACCCGCGUUGGAUGUUCGGCUUCCGAAAAACGUUCAAAAACCGGAACACACACUUCCGAGUUAGUGGCGUUUGGGAGCCGAUUUGUUUGGGAGCCAAGCCGUUUUGAGUACCAAGGUACUCAAAAGACUCAGUAAGAACUCUUCUUGUUUCUCUACUUGGCUGCCACCGUGGGAGGGAUAGGAUUCCUUGAAGCCUGACAGUAGCGUAGAGCUUUAAACACACAGUGCAAACGGAACCCCAGGCCUUUAUAGCAUCAGCAUGUGCCCCUCAGACUGAGCCCCAUAACCCUCCAGGCACGGUUGGAUUGCAGCUCCCAUCAUGGUCUCUGACCCUCGCCCAGGCGGAGCUGCAGCCUAGCAACAUCCCCUGUUCCCUUCUUGGGAAUUCAGCCAUGUUGGCAUCUGAAAGCCAGCAGCCGAGACAGAAGAGGAAGCCUCUUGCAUCUUCCUUGAGAUGGUUCGUUUUGAUUUCCCAUUGGGGUGGCUUUUCUCCCGGCGGAUCUGAGCUUCUGGCGAGCCAGACGGCAAUUUGCAAGGCACUUUUGCCCGGGUGUUGAGGAAGAGGGAGUCCGAGGUUGAGCAGGAAAGGAGUGUGACUCUCUCGCCCUUGUCUCUUUGCCUCCACUGCUGCCCCAGUUACUGUUCAGGCGGUUUACGUCCAGGCACCGCUGGUCUUCCACGACCGUCCCGUCCAGAUGAACUGCCCUGCGUGUCAAAAAACCAUUUUGACGCGCCUCUCGUACACCUCUGGGGCGCUGACCUGGCUGGCUUGUGGCGGCCUCUUCCUGGUGGGGUAAGUAGGUCCUUGUCAGCUGCCUUUCUAUGCUGAUCUCUUGUAUGCAUUAAGCUGGGGGCUGCUGAGCUGUGACCAUUGGGCAUGCUGGCUGUGGCCGAUGGGAGAGAGGAGCCUCGCAGUUUCUUGGAGGGCCGCAGGUUGCCUGCUCCCACAUUACAUUGGGGGAACGUUCACAACCAACAUUAUUAUUAUUAUUAUUAUGCAUAUAUCAAUCACCUUCUCCAAGGAGCUCCAAGUGGCGUAUGUGGGCUCUCCCACUCCUCAUGUAACGUCCACAACAACCCUGUAAAGUAGGUUAGGCCCAGAGGGAGUUACUCGCUCAGGGUCACCCAGUGAGCUUCACAGAAUCUUGGGAGUUGUUGGGGUAGAAGGGGUCCCAUUUGAGGGGAUGCCAGGAAACAGGGAAUUAAGUUCACAUGUGGUGGGGGUGUAAAUAUGUACAAUUUUUUUGGCAAAGGGUGUUUAAGGAGAAUACAGAAAUCACUGGGUUAAAGCUGACCAAAAGUCCAGAGGUAGUACUAUUAUCAAUUUACAAUGGGGUGGAAGGUUCGCAGGCUAUGAAGGCCUCACUCACAGAUUCAUUGACAGCUGCACGAAUUAUGAUAGCUAGGAAGUGGAAGGGGAAAGCAGAAUAUAAAAUGGAAGAAUGGUAUAAAGAGGUGUGGGAUAUACAGUGGUACCUAGGGCUACAGACACUUCAGGUUACAGACGCUUCAGGUUACAGACGCUUCAGGUUACAGACUCCGCUAACCCAGAAAUAGUACCUCGGGUUAAGAACUUUGCUUCAGGAUGAGAACAGAAAACGUGCUCCGGCGGCGCGGCAGCAGCAGGAGGUCCCAUUAGCUAAAGACCAGGGAUGCUUGUACGCACGGAAGUUUGCAUAGAUGCUCCAUCCACAGAACAGGAGUAGGAUGUGAUGGUGCUGUAUUGCACUAGGAAACUGCCUUGAGCUGAGCCGGAAUGUCCUUUCCCCCUUGCUCAGUAUUGGUAACACCUGUAGCCGUGUUACUGAUCUUAUCCGGAAACGGCAGUCACGGAGUACCUGGGGCAAGAGUCUGUGUUCUGAAGGCUGCCUGCUUUCUCUCGACAGGUGUGUCGCCGGCUGCUGCCUCAUCCCCUUCUGCGUGGAUUCGCUUCAAGACGUUGACCACUACUGUCCCAGCUGCAACGCUCUUGUUGGCACCUACAGGCGUCUCUGA